GCAGUGGGAAAUGAAUUACUUCCGGGUUACGUUUCAUUCGCACGGACAUCUUCGGCGGCCUGCUUGUAAUUUCCUCUAUUGUUGUUAUGUGUUCUCUUGCAACAUUACUUUAAAGUUCUCCCCCCAAUAGGCAUUUUUGUAGAAAAGGGGUUGAAUGUCACGAAUCUCUUUAAUAACUAGAUGUUGACCAGUGGUUGCUGCCCACCCAGGCCAGUAUGGACGAAGGAACCCUGGAGACAGCCAUUACGGCCUACAGCGCCCAGCUGCAGCAGGUGGAAAGUGCCCUGUUGGCCGGCCUGGACCCCUCGCAGCAGGCUGACCUGCUAAAACUGAAAGAAGACCUCUCUCAGCUGAUAGAACUCACAGAAGCUAGCCUAGUGUCGGUCAAGAAGAGUCGGCUCCUAGCCACUCUCGAAGAGGACGACGGGCUCCAGUCGCUAGCCACAGGCACACCAGCUAACGGUGGCUUGGACAAUGAGUUUGCUGCCUUCUACUCGGAAGUGGGGGAGGUUUCCGGAAGUAGCUCAGACAUGAGAGAGAGGGAAGAUGAGAGAGAGGAGGAGGAUGAUGGCGAGGUGGAGGAUGAUGGCGAGGUGGAGGGAGAGGUAGAUGCGCUAAGUGGCACCAAAGUGCGAGCACCCUACCGCACCUCUUGGGGGACUUUGGAGUACCACAAUGCAAUGAUUGUGGGGACAGAGAGUUGUGACAGAAAUGAGGCCCAGGUGAGGGUGCUGUAUGUCCAUCCCACACAGAAGUCCAUGAAGCCCUGCCCAUUCUUCCUGGAGGACAAGUGUCGCUUCGCAGACAACUGCAGGUUCUCCCAUGGCGAGGUGGUGUAUGUGUCAGAGCUCAGAGAGUUCCUGGAGUCGAACCUCACUAACCUUCAAGAGGGCUCCUCCUGCUUGGCCAGGCAAGACGACGGCAUCUGGUACUCGGGCAAAAUAACAGACAUCGACAAUGAUUUCUACACGGUGAAGUUCGACUCGGCCUUGCUGAAGAACGUCAUGGUGGAGGCUGACGGGGUCAUCCCACCGUUGAGAGAAGAUGACCUGCCCUCCUGCUCUGACUCGGAGGAUGAUGACAACGGAGAGGGUGAAGCAGCGUUCCCCAUAGUUUUAACCCAAGAGGAGGAUUGGGCGCCGUCGGGAAGUUCUUCUGCCUUUGGUGGCUGGGAGGCACACACAAGAGGCAUAGGCUCCAAGCUCAUGCUCAAAAUGGGAUACGAAUAUGGGAAAGGUCUGGGUAAAACGUCAGAGGGUCGGGUGGAGCCAGUGCUGGCGGUGGUCCUGCCCAAAGGUAAAUCUCUGGACCAGUGUGCUGAGCUCACUGCGAGGAAGACACAGAGCAAAGUGGCCAAAGGCAAAGAUGGGCAGAAGGUGAGCCGCAAUAAGAGAACGAGAAAGGCUCGUGCACAUAACACUGGUGGGUGCCACAACGUCUUUGACUUCCUGAACCGCAAGCUGGGCAACGGGGACGCCAACCCUGAGGCAGGAGGCACUUGUGGCCCUCCUCCCUCACAUACUCCAUCGUCUCAAGGGGCCGGAGUGGAGGCUUACAAGGGGGGGAAGAGCACCAAGAGAAACCUGAACGUGAAGCUGUUCCAGGCGGCAGAGAGGGUGACCCAGACGGAGAGGGAGAUCCAGAGACUCACAGAGUCCCUGAGCCGACGGACUGGGAGGGAUUCUUCCAUGGUGACUCACCUGGAAGAGAAGCUGUCUGCAGCCCGCAGCCUGCUGGUCCAGCAGAAGGCCCAGGAGCUCUCGGCCCAGAGGGAGAACAGGAAGGCUGACACUCACAAGAAAAUGACAGAGUUUUGACCACACAGUCCUCCAGUGAUUAGAACCCACAAACAAUUUUUGUCAACUGAGAGAGGUGCCUCCUUAAGCUUAUUUCAUCCAUUUGACUCCAAAGACUUUGGAUUGUCUUAAGGCCUCUGGUUGUUGGACUUUUGCCUUUUUUUGGACUCGUCAACUGGCUCCAUGCAUGAGUUAUUUCUGUUAAUAUCGGUCCUUUUCUGUUUAUGAAAUGUCGACAUGGGUUGCAGUGGUGGAGAUUUUAAGUGUUGGUCAGUUGCUGAUGACCCUCUUGUUGUUAAAGGAUGAGCCAUGACACACUUGGAUUAGCUGUUUAUCAUGGAUGAGACGGCUACAUAUAAGUGGAUAUGACAGAUUUUGGUUUUAGGUCCAUAAUUCUCUUAUGUUGUUUUUCAAGUUGGGGCGGCUGGUAGCCUAGUGGUUAGAGUGUUGGGCCAGUAACCGAAAGGUUGCUAGGUUGAAUCCCCGAGCUGACAAGGUAAACAUCUGUCAUUCUGCCUCUGAACAAAACAGUUAACCCACUGUUCCUAGGCCGUCAUUGUAAAUAUGAAUUUGUUCUUAACUGACUUGCCGAGUUAAAUUAAGGUUAAAUCAAAUAAAAAGUCCCACCAAUGUAACUAACCAUUUUCUUAUGUUAUAUAGUUUGGAGUGGACAGCUUUCUUUAAAUAAAUGUUUUUAUUAUUUUGACAAUGUUUUCAGAACUCACUGUACAUUUUCCAUUCUUUGUAAAUAUAAACCUCAUGCAUAACCUAAGGGUGAUAUAAAAAAAAAUGUAUCCCAAGAAA